ACAGGCUCUUGAGCUCUCUCUUCUCCCCUCCUCCGAUUUUGAAGAGAAGUAGAGAAUCGUCCAUUGGGGAAUAGAUUUAGCGUAAGAACAGAGGAAGGUUUGGUUUGUACAGAGAGAAAGGGGUAUGGCGCAGCCGAGCAAAGAGCCUUGCAAGAAGGAGGCUUGCGAUAUCCAAGCUUGUCUCAGCAAGAACAAUUUUCUUCCUAAAAGGUGCCAGAGAGUGAUUGAAUUGCUACAGGCUUGCUGUGAGAAAUGCAAUUACAGCUCCACACAUUGUGCUUCUGUGUCUGAUCUUCUCAAGCAAAUAACCAAGUGAUGUCUUUCACCAUGCGGAAGCUCCAGCAGCGCUAACAUUUUCCAAGAGUUGAUUCUGUAACUUGGUUUUAUUUCAUGAAGCAAUUACUGUAUCUUUGACCUUUUCAUGUUAGAUGAGUUUGUCUUUCAUGUGCCAGAAUUAAACAUGUUGCAAUCAAUUUACCAAGAAAGAAUACAGUAAGCCAAUAAAUUUUGCCCUUUUUU